UUACAACUAAACCAUUGAAUUAUAGCUACGAAAAUGUUGAAAAAAACGGUGGAUUUCCCCUUUUAGCACAUCCAGCAAGUACCUUUGUACUUUAACUUAAAUACAAACGUGUACUUGUACUUAUUAAGAGUAUUUACUUUUACUUAAGUUCAGAAGUGCUGUACUUAGCCUGCCUCUGCAUUUUUGUUUAAAACCUAGCAUCUGUUAGCCUAGCUUGAAGUUUGGCUCGCAGGCACAUUUUCGUUCUUGGACGUACGUUAUGCUAACUUUAUAAACCCUACUUCAGAUUUUAUUAAGAUUUUUAACAUACAUACUUUCACUUCUUCAGGUAAGCAGAGUUUGUGAAGACUUCUUACUUUUGAGGCGACUUCAGCGGCUAAACAUUGCAAGCAGCGACGACUGAAGGAAAAAAAAAAACUACACGUCCCAGAAGUCAGUGCGAGAGUCUGCUUUUCUCCGACCCUCCAUCAAAUCCGCAAUCUCAUUCACUCAGUGAGUGGCCGUGCUGGGGACAACAACAUCUACCUCCCUUUCCCCUGAUACCGAGCAGCUGUUCCAUAAAGUCAAGGGGAACGACCCCACACGGCGACCAGUAAAGGAGCUUCAGAACAAAACAUCACCAGAAACCCUGAUGGCCAAGAACUUCCACUUGAGACGCAUCAUUCAUUCAUGUUUAAUAUGAAAUACACUGAACAAACCAAUGCCUGCUUGCUGCCUGAUCACUCCCUUUAAGAUAUGAGCCCGGCUUUGUUCCUUACUGUAGAAGUGAAUGAGCUGGGGUGUUUUAAAUGAUCUGAUUUUGUCCACUUUGCAAAAAUGAUUAUUGUUAGGAAGUAAAUUAAAACUAUAGGCAUGUUUGGUUGAAAGGCAUAGGGAUCAUGCAUGAAGCUUCAGUUAUUCGUAACCGUUUAUCUGGGCUGCCCGGCAAGCCUUAUUGUCCUUUCUCCUGCGGCGUUACGUUCUGAAGCGGAAUCACGUCUACGAGCUGAGUUAAAAUGACUUCAUCUGACAAUGAUGAGACUGGAAGUGACGUGUCGGUGUCUCUUGAGGCCAGCGACUUCCAAAGCCAGUAUGGGGACUCGGGCAGUUACUACAAAUCCAAAAGUUUGCCCGUUCUCAACGGUGGAUGCCCAGCAGGUGACAAGCCAUUGGAAUCAAGGCUGGUCAGCACAACUCAGACUGCAAUACACCUUGACCAGCAGUCGGUGCUCGGCGGGCUCCAGCAGAAAAGCGACUCCAGCCAGAUGGACUCCCCAACCCGGACUGAUUUUUCACCCUCCAUGUCCAGUAUGGUGGGCCUGAGCAGCUCCCUGAGGCCUGAGACCAGCAGGGCCGGCAGCAAAAAGCUAGGCUUCUCCUUAGCGAGGCUUAUGGACUUUCCAGCAAGGAAGUAUGUCAGGGUGAUCCUCUCAGACUCGAGAUGUUUCCUCUUCUGCAUGUGUUACCUGACUUUCAUCCAGUCAUUGAUGGUUUCUGGUUACCUCAGUAGUGUGAUCACCACCAUAGAGAAAAGAUACAGCCUCAGAAGCUCCGAGUCUGGACUGCUGGUCAGCUGCUUUGACAUUGGGAGUCUUCUGGUGGUGGUUUUCAUCAGCUACUUUGGAGGCAGGGGUCAGAGGCCACGUUGGCUGGCCGUAGGUGGGGUUUUUAUAGCCGUGGGAGCUGCUAUGUUCUCCCUGCCCCACUUCAUCUCACCCCCUUACCAGAUCCAGGAGGUGAACUCUUCGACAGGAAACGAAGGCCUUUGCCUGACCGGCAACGGCAGUGGCCGGGACGCUCUGGACGUCUCGUCCUGCCCACGGGACCAGGAGGGCAAUGAACACUCCAUCUAUGUAGCGCUUUUCAUCUGUGCCCAGAUUCUGGUGGGCAUGGGUUCCACCCCCAUCUACACUUUGGGGCCAACCUACCUGGAUGACAAUGUGAAGAAGGAGAAUGCCUCACUUUACCUAGCUAUCAUGUAUGUGAUGGGUGCUCUGGGUCCAGCGGCUGGGUAUCUGCUGGGAGGAGUUCUCAUCGGCUUUUAUGUGGACCCAAAAACCAUCAUCAACAUUGAUCAGAGUGACCCUCGCUUCGUUGGUAACUGGUGGAGUGGCUUCCUGCUGUGUGCAAUAGCCAUGCUGCUGGUCAUCUUCCCCAUGUUCACCUUCCCCAAGAAGCUGCCCCCUCGCCACAAGAAGAAAAAGAAGAAAAAGCUUGGCGCAGACGAUGUGCCCAGCGAUGACGACGUCAUGAAGGAGAAAUCUAACAGCAAAGGACAAACGGUCACCUCUUCCAUGGGCUUUGGGAAGGACAUCAAGGAUCUCCCCAAAGCGGCUGUGAGGAUCCUGAGUAACAUGACCUUUCUGUUCGUGAGUCUGUCCUACACGGCCGAGAGCGCCAUCGUCACCGCCUUCAUCACCUUCAUCCCCAAAUUCAUCGAGUCGCAGUUCGGCAUCCCCGCUUCCAACGCCAGCAUCUACACAGGAGUGAUCAUCGUGCCCAGUGCAGGUGUGGGCAUCGUGCUGGGUGGAUAUAUCAUAAAGAAGCUGAAGCUGGGGGCUCGCGAGUCAGCCAAGCUGGCCAUGAUCUGCAGUGGAGUGUCCCUGCUCUGCUUCUCCACACUCUUCAUCGUGGGCUGUGAGAGUAUCAACCUGGGGGGCAUUAACAUCCCCUACACCACAGGGCCGACCCUGACGCUGACCCACAGGAACCUGACGGGCAGUUGCAAUGUAAACUGUGGCUGUAAAAUACACGAGUAUGCUCCUGUUUGUGGCUCCGAUGGCAUCACCUACUUCAACCCCUGCCUGGCAGGCUGCAGCACGGUCGGAAACGACAGCACUGGGAUCAGAAACUACACAGAUUGUGCAUGUGUCCAGAGCAGACAGGUCAUCACCCCUCCCACCGGUGGGCAAGGCAACCAGCUCCAGCUGGUCAUCGUGAAGACCUACCUGAACGAGAACGGGUUUGCCCUGUCGGGAAAGUGUGACCGCACCUGCAACACGCUCAUCCCUUUCCUCAUCUUCCUCUUCAUCGUCACACUCAUCACUGCCUGCGCGCAGCCCUCCGCUAUCAUCGUCACUCUCAGGUCAGUGGAGGAGCAGGAGCGGCCGUUUGCUUUGGGAAUGCAGUUCGUGCUGCUGAGAACACUCGCCUACAUUCCAACGCCCAUCUACUUUGGCGCUGUGAUCGACACCACAUGCAUGCUGUGGCAGCAGGACUGCGGCAGGCAUGGCUCGUGCUGGGAGUACGACGUCACCUCCUUCCGCUUUGUCUACUUUGGCCUGGCCGCCAGCCUCAAGUUUGUGGGAUUCAUCUUCAUCUUCCUCACCUGGUACUCCAUCAAGUGCAAAGAGGAGCGGCUGGAGCGCUGGAGGCAGAGUCUGCCGCCGCUGGGCACCGUCAGCGAGAUGGUGUGCCACGCAGGUGGCCGAAAGAGCCACGCCCGCACCCGCUCCUGCCCCAUAUUUACUCCCCGGCCCGAAGCACUGGAGCCACAGCCGCCACCGCUGGGCCGUGGCCAGAGCAGCCAGAGCUGCCCUGGAAACACGCUUAAAGCAAUAACACCUCUGGCCCCUUGCUCCAUGCAGGACGUCAACGCACACGUGUGAGGGUCGGGUCUGCCCCCAAAUCCAUUGGCGCUGUAAACGGCGGUGGGGGGAGUAAAAUAAAGCCCUGAAUGAUUCAGGGGCCCUGGGCUGGGGCAGGGGGAUCGGUUCCAGUGUUGGCAAUUCUCAGGGGGCCAAGCAUCUAGCCUUGCCCCUGCCCCGACUCCAUGUGCCUUCCUGUCCUGUGUCCCUCUUCCACACACUGGACAUCUUUGGCUGACUCCGCCCCACCUCGUUGCUUCUCUGAGGGAUCUGGCUGCAUCUAAUUUUUUUUUUUUUUUUUCAAAGGUGCCAUCAGCGCGUAUCAUCAGAAGCGGACAAAAUAGUCAACCUGCAUAAGCAAACAAUGGAGGUACAUUGACUUGUACAUUAAAUAAGACAUUAUAGUUAUAAGGUGCUAAAUGGGGUUGGGGGGGAUGUUAUCGGUGUUAUUUCUUCUGUAUUAUGUCUUGGAAAUCAAGAUGACUAUCAAAAAUGCACCACAAGCACAACUGGGAAACCCGUACUAUGCAAGCUUUGCCGCUAUGCCCCUCUGUGUAUUACUUUCUACUGUGUAUCUCUUCAACCAAUCAGUAUUCAGUAUUCCAAUCAAGAACAUCUAUCUCUCUCUCUCUCUCUCUCUCUCUGUCUCUGUCUCUCUCUCUCUCUCUCUCUCUCUCUCUCUCUCUCUCUCUCUCUCUCUCUGAAUGUUGCUGAUGUGAGAAGUCCACUGAUGUUUGUUCAAAUGUCCUACACUGGGCCAUGUGGGGCACUUUCAGGAGCUCUGAGGGGAACCCUUUUUUUUCCCCUUCUGGACUUUUCAUGCACCAUUGCCCCUUCAGUGCCUAAGGCUGCCCGUGCAAGCAGUGACGCCUACUGGCCAACACGGAGCAGGAUCAGAUGGACAGCAAAGAAACCAUCCGUCAUCAUCAUCAUGAACCCCAGAGAGGUCAGCUAGCGCUCCAGUUUUGGACUCGCCCACAAGUGUUCUGUAACGCUAAGCAGGGAAAAAAAAAACAAAAUAACAAAUAAAGCCAAAAAACAAACAAACAAACAAACAAAAAAAAAGAUGAUCCGUGGAGCUCGGUGGAAUGUGCUGUUGAAUGAAAUGCUGGUCAGCAUGGAUGGACCUGACUCUGCUUUAAGCAGUUCAGUGACCUGAAGGAGCAUGGUUUAGUCCCAGCAGGCCUGACAGUUGUUCAUGUUACCCCUCCUGCAGCUGUAAUCAGCCUUGAUGCUUUAGCAAUAGCAUUACUAAACUGGCAGCAGUAUUUUGAUACUAAAUUUGAAAUUAUAUCAGGAUAUAUCAGAAGCAUGUGCUUCUGCUCUUGCAGCAUUAUUUCUCUCUGAGAUUUGUGGCCUAUAAUAUGAAUAGCAGUUCUAUCCUCAUGCAUUCAUCGAUGUCCAUAAUAUCUCUGAUCAUUUUAAGAAGGCAAAUUGCUGCUUAGAUAAAAUGCCUCUACAUCAAGCCAACAUUUAUUAUAACAGACACCUAUUAAGAAUACUUAACCUGUAUCCUCUGACGCUGCAUCAUUUUGCAUGGUGUAGUGUAGCUCAGUAGGCAUUUAGGAUGGGGUAGCCCAGCAUGCGGGAAACAAGACCCAUCCAAAUAAAAUAUAAAGCAGACACAUCAUGAUGUCAGUCAUUUUAAAAUCCCUAUAUCAAUAUUCAUGCUCAUUUACAGUACUAGGAGUUUUUUUAAUUAAGAGUUGGGCCAUUUGGACUACGCACUCAUUGGCCACUUUAUUGGGUACACCUAAUCUACAUCCAUUGACCAUUUCAUCAGGUCCAGUUAUUGAGCAGGUGCAUUUAAAAAUUUCAGUUACAAUCUAUAUAUUUCUCUUUUCCAGAUUCAUCAGUCUGUGGACUUUCUGUCUAAGCCCAAGCACCACCUUUUGAGUCCAAACCUGACCAGAGCCCCAGAAAAUGUUGUCCCAACCCAGUUCAACCCAAACCACAUCAAGUUUUGAGUCCGAACCUGACACAAGCCCAACAAAAUUCUCUUUGAAACUGCUCCAAACUGGCCCAUCAUCACCCAGUGUGCCCAGUAAAACCUGACAGGAAAGUACUCCACAUGCCAGAUCGAAAAUUAUUAUAUUUUAAAGGUAAUUGAAUGAAAGAGUAAAACCUGGUAACAGUGGGAGGUGGCCUGUGUGAACCUGCACCAACCCUGAGCCUGACAUAUUUAGGAAAUGACAUCCGAGCCUGAUAGAACAGACUUGAGCAGUUGGGUCUCGUCAGGUCUGGACAGAUUCAGAAUUCAAAUUCAGCUUAACCAAAAACUACAUCCUGUGGCCUGUGGUCUGGACAGUAAGUGUCCAGUAGCACUGCAUUGCUGCAUCUGCUCUUAUACCAGCGCAACACAUCCUAACAUGGCAGUAACACUUGGCAUGCCAGGCCUCACUGUGCACAGUACGCUCUUAUGUUGAUCAUUGUAGCCUUUCACUUCAGCACUGUGCAGCACAAAACUGUGCUUUGUGUUUGUCUUUGACGCUUGCUGUGCUAGUUCUAUCUAGAAACAGUACAAAAUUCAGUAUUUUUGCUAUAUUGUGCAAUCUAGGACCAUAAUUAAAACAGACAGCUACAUUUUGGGUUGUAGUGGCAGCACUGCUUUAGUAUAAUAGUAUGAUAGUAUAAUAGUAUUUAUACACCACACUAUUAUGAACUUAUGAAAAAGUUCUAGAGUGUGUUCCUAAUGAGGGAAAUAACUGAAAAAUCAGCCUUUCAAACGGUUAUGGCUAUGCUUAAAUGUCAUCUACAUACAGUUUAUUUAAUUAAUAAUAUGGAAAUAAAGACAUUCGCUGGUUAUAUUAACUUAUCCACCACUAGAAAAAACGAAUGAGGACAGAACAAGCUCUUAGCUUCAUCAGUGCAACGUGGUGUAUAAUCGCCAUCGGUAUCACUGCAGUGGUGGAAAUUAUCUCUCACGCUCCAAUAGUACAUGAUGAGUGCUGGUCUUGUGGGGGUCCUGACAGUUGAUGAAUGGGGUAAACAGAUUAUUCAGAGAAACCAAUGGACUUCAGCCUGUAACUGUAGAAACUGCACCUAUAAGGUAAAUGGACCUGAUAAAAUUAGACGAGUGUAGAGGUCGGAGAAUCUAAUGAAGUGGCUGGUGAGUGUAUAUUAAUUUGUCAUGUCUGUGACGUACAGCAUUGACAAGUAUAUACAUUAUUCUGAGAACAUCUUUCGCAGUUCAUAUUUGAAAGUUUCUGGUUACACUGUUAGAAUGUGGACUACAUUAUUUGUAACUGUAGGUGUAAAAAGGGGUGUAUAAAGAGGGCGUACAAAGUAGCUAGAACCUUUUAGACUAACCCAAGUAUUCAACGUAGACAACCACCUAAUAUGUGGACGAGAAGAGAAAACAGUAUAUUGUUUUCUGUGCCUGGAUUACCUAAAGUACCUGCAUUAUACAUCAUGUUUUGGCUUUAAUUUAUAUGGGUUUCCUUUUGCAAAGUGAUUUUUUAAAUGUAUUUUUUUCUUAGGGAGGGGCAUAUAAAACAUUUAAACUGGAUGAAUUUUUUUGGGUUCUUCUUGAGUGCCACCGAAAGGACCUUACAAAACUAGGUAACACUUUACAGAAGGGCAGCAUUUGAAAGGCUAUAUAAGCCAUCCAUGACAACUGACAUAAGCCUUCAUAAAGCUUCAUAAAUGUCUAUGUAGGUUUAUGUCAGUUGUCAGAAAGGCUUAUGCAGGUGUCAUGUAGCCUACCCUUCAGUAAACUGUUACCCAAAAGUAGUUUAUUAUUAUUAGUGGUAUUAUUUAUUACUGUUAUUACAGUUAAUAUCAUCUGACCAUGCCACUGCUUUGUAAGAGGUGGAGUGACCAUAUGUUGACGUGGUCAGUGGUUUUCGGGGUCACUGUGCUUGCACUAUUCCUUUGCCUGUUGUGACAAAGAAACGGAGACAUCCUCCAGCUGUUAUUCCUACAUAUCUCUGUCUCUCAGUGUGGUUGGACGUCGCCUUUUCCUGCUGAGCUCGAGCCAGGUUGGUGUUUUUUGCUGUACUGAUUAAAGUGAAAAUGUUGGAUCUUUUACAAUAAGCUGGUUCAAAAUUACUACAAACGGCGACGUCCGAUCGAAGCUUGUCUAUCCUUAGUGCUGUCAGCAACCGGUGGUCAACGUGAGGCAUGUCCUUCAUUUGCUCAUGUGGAUUAUUUCAGGUAGAUCUUUUACUCCUGUGUUCUGUUUUGAUCGGCAUAUUACCGACAUGUAUUUAUUGAAAUAAAAGAAGACAAGCUGUAUUAAAAGGUCAGGCUCCUGCUCUGUGUUCCUCAGGACCAGAAGUGAAUACAUCAUUUGUGAACACUUUGGUUUACAAAUACCUUGAAUACUUGAUAUUUGUCAUUA